AUGGCUCUACCGGCCGUCUGCCCUGCACCGCGAUCGAACGAGGAACUGGGACAGAGCGCACCCACCGCCUCCGGCGCUCGGGCAGGGCGCGCCCCCAGCCCCCAGCCUUCGCUCCAGGACCUCAGGGCUCUCCUCGUCGUCGUCUUGGUGCUGUCGGUCACAGCUGCCUCAGGCAUGCCCACAGAGCAGGGACGAUUUUACCAGCAAAUCGCUGCCCCAGAGGCAGGGAGUCGCAGCCCCUGGGAGUGUCCAGCAGGGUUCCAUGUGGAGGAAGCCAGUGGAGAGUGUGUCCGGUGCACAGACGGAGUGGAUUACACCAGUGUUUCCAACAGCCUCUCUUCUUGCUUACGCUGCACGGUUUGCAAAUCAGGCGAAGAGGAGAAGACCCCUUGCACAGCAACUGCGGACACACGGUGUGAGUGCAAGCCUGGAACUUUCCGUGACGAAAACUCCCCCGAGUUCUGCCAGAAGUGCCGCACCAGGUGCCCUGAUGGGAUGGUCAUGGCCACGCCGUGUACCCCCUCGAGUGACCUCAAGUGUGUGCCUCAAGAGUCAGGUACCCGGGCCAGUGGGGAGGCCCUGGAUCCUGGAGAGCCAGUGACCACGAACCUGCAACCGCCCACCGCAUCCUGUCCCUCCUCAGGGAAUUCAGAACUGGUGUUCGCAAUUGCAAUUUUUUCUUUAGCUGUCGUUUUUGUGGUGGUGGUGGUGAUCGCAUGCUGGCUCUGCAAGUACAAAGUUCAAGGUUGUGGACUGCACCGCAAAUUCAUGGACAAGGUCCUUUUCUGGCGACCACAUCCCUCAAGAGGGCCGGAGGCUCUGGACAAUGCCCGCAACGACACCCUGGUCAAUAGAGACUGCCUGUCCUCUCCAGUCUCUGAUCAGGAGGUAGAAGACCCUGAGCAGGUGGAGCCAACGGGAGUACAGUCCUCAGGGGAAGCAGACCAUCUACUGGAACCGGCAGCAGCUGAAGGGUCUCGGGUGCGCAGAGGGCCACUGGUUCCUGCAGACGGUGAAGACCCCACAGAAUGCUUGAGGCAGUUCUUUGAUGACUUUUCCACCAUCGUGCCUUAUGAUGCCUGGGACAAACUCAUGAGAAAGAUGGGCCUCACCCAAAAUGAGAUCCGUCAGAGCAGAGAUCGCGCCCAGAACACCGGGGAUGCCUUGUAUGAGAUGCUGGAGACCUGGGUCCGCCGCAAAGGGCGGGAGGCCUCAGUCAACGACCUCCUCGAUGCCUUAGCAGCACUGGGGCAGAGACACGCAAAGGAGAAAAUUGAGGACAUGCUGGUGGGCUCCGGAAAGUUCGUCUUCAAAGAAGGUGAAGCUGGUGCUGCUGUGUCCUGAGUGUUUGAGGACCUCAUCUUCCAGUUCUGGACUCGUUUUUUAUCCAAAUGGACUUGCACUUUUUACUCUCACGUAUUACAAUAGAAUCUAUUUUUGUUGGGAA